UAUAAAAUCAUCAUGAAAGUUGGGGUUACAGGUAUUACUGGAUUUCUUGGUUCCACCGUUGGAAAACACCUCUUACUAUCAGGGAAGUAUCAUGUUAGAGGAUCAGUGAGGAGCUUAGAAAAUGCUAGCAAAAUCAACCCCAUCAAGCAAGCCUACAAAUCUUACGAAGAUGCUUAUGAAUUGAAAGAGGCAGAUCUUUUAGAUGACGACAGUAUUUAUAAGUUUGUGGAAGGAUUAGAUUACGUCAUUCACGUUGCUUCACCAUUCCCUGAUAUAUCAAAGAAUGUUAAUGAAGAAGAACUUAUCAAACCUGCUGUUGAUGGAACCUUGAGUGUCUUAAGAGCUUCACAACACUUUGGAAUCAAAAGGGUCGUCGUAACAGCUUCAACUGCAACCAUAUCUGAUGGGGCAGGCUCAAAACUUACUUAUGAUCACACAGACCAUGUUGAUCCUGAAACUGUAGUAAACCCUUACAUCAAGAGUAAGAUCCUAGCUGAGAAUGCAGCUUGGGAAUUUGUUGAAGAAGCUAAAGAGUCAGGCUCCCCUCUUGAAAUGUCAACCAUCCAUCCAGCCGGUAUCAUAGGCCCUACUUUAACUAAAGGUACUGAGUUUACUUCAAUGUCUGUUUUCAGAAAUUUCAUGACAGGCAAAUUCCCAUUGCUUCCCAAAAUCACGAUUGGGCUUAGUGAUGUCAGAGAUCUUGCUGAUGCUCAUGAAAAAGCUCUUUUUGCGGAGCCAUAUCAAAGAUAUGUUACUGCUUCAUAUGCUUUAUAUGCUAAAGAAGUAAGCCAAAUAAUCAAAGAGGAAUUUGGAGAUAAAGGUCUUAACCCAACCACUAGAGAGAUGCCGUACCUGAUCGCUAGAGCGAUGGCUACUUUCAAUCCUGUUCUCAGAGGAUAUCUUGGCAGAUGGGGCAAGAAGAUCACCUACGAUUGCUCAAAUGCAGAAAAACAUUUAGGGUACAAGCAAAGAUCACCAAGAGAAUCUAUCAUAGAUAUGACCAACAGCUUCAUCAACCAGGGCUAUGUCAAACCCACCACAUAACCUCCCAUACUCCACUUCCCAAAUUCAAC